GUUAAACCUCAAAACCAAGCGAAUGCCAGCAGACAGUCUUGGAUUGUAGAUCCUACUCAUUUGAGCCUUGUACAGGCUUCUCAACGCCCCACAAUAUCAAAGUUCCUUCUCAUCGUCCAGAAACAUGGCUGAAACACUUGGGGUUGUGACAGGCAUCCUGGGUUUACUUCCACUUUGUAGAGAGGGGUUCACUAUGAUCGCAGACAUGAUAGAGGCAAAAGGAAAGAUGGCGGAGCUGCUGACAAGAAUUGAAACCCAUCAUGGUCAUUUUGUCUCUUGGUAUGAAGUGUGGGGCGAUGAAAGAACCCGCGAAGCAAAAUUCAGAACCUACGAAGAGGAGCGCCCGGUCAGUGCGAAAGAAGUCUUACGACACCUUGCACUCUUUUCUCGUCUGUUCUAUGACUUCAAAUCGCUCGAGAAAUAUGGAUUUCGGGUGUCCAGCACAGUAAACAAGACUGUUCAAGACGUGGAGACAUUUCGGUUUGAAUCUGACGAAGAUCUCCAUCCACAGAACAUAGAGCGAUUCCGCGCUAGAUGCACCGAAAACCUCUCGUUGGCUAAAAGAUUGAAAUUCGUUCUAUGGAGCAGGGACAAGAAGCUUGAAGACUUGAUCAGUCGACUCCGUGAGUAUAAUGAGGUGUUGUGGCGAUACGGGCCCGGAGUAGAGGUGGCUCGACUGGACAAGGGAGUCUAUGACAAAAUUGGCCAAUUAAUGGCCAACCAGCUACAGACAUUCUUUGCUGUCUACAAGAAGGAAGCUGAAAGCACAACUAACCCAGCGAGCGCAAAGAAAUACGAUGCCUUGGCAAAGAUGGCAAAUUUCCGAUCUCUAGUCUUGCAACGAGAGAUAUCUCAGAGCGCAAGACCUAGGGCGUUUCGCGCCAGCGAAUUCUACAUUGACGAGAAUUACAGGGUGGAAAGUAGCGGAAAGUCGACUUUGGCACUUCUAUCCGAUUUCCCAUGGCCGGGUGAGAGACGCGUCGUUCUUAUCGAGUGGAUACAGAACCCGCAGCUUGCGGACAAGAGGAGGGAUACGGAGAAACUGGCCGUCUUACUGUCCACUCCAAAGCCGAGCGAGAUGCUGGUUCCUGGAUGCUAUGGGAUCCUCGAUGAUGUUGCUCAUUCUGGCAGGUUGGGUGUCGUCAUGAUGCCGCCAAGUAACAUUCGGGGGAAUAUACCUGCAACCCUGGCACCUGGCGCAAUCUCCCGUCGACGGAUGCCCAUUAGCCUCAGAGAGCUCAUCCAAAAUACCUCCAGAUACUACCCAAAGGGGUUGAGCUUGGGGAUAAGGUUCAAGAUUGCGAAACAGCUCGUGGACACCAUCCACAUUAUACAUGCUGCUGAAUGGGUUCAUAAGAACGUUCGUUCGGAGAGUGUUCUCCUUUUCCCAAAAGGAGAAGUCCAGGACGAUGUUACUUCUCCGGUCUCGGUUGGCCCAAAAGGCUUCGACUUGAACAACCCCCUUCUGGUAGGGUUCAAUAGCGCUCGAAGCGAUUACAAACCUCAGGGCCACGUAGAUUAUGGUUACUAUGGUACAGACCCUGAGGCCAAAACUGCAGCAACUAAUAUGACAUUUGACAACUAUCAACAUCCUGCCAAGCUUGUUGACGCCAGUCUUCCUUACAGGCGAUUAUAUGACCUGUACAGUCUUGGCUGUGUGCUCCUUGAGCUUGGGCUGUGGGAUACAGUGGACAAACACGUGUAUGGACAGGAACCGUAUGUUGCUCAGAGAACACUUCGUGGGCUUGCUUCGAAGUCAAACAUAGAUACAAUCAUGGGCUCCAUUUACGGGGAUGUUGUCAGGGAUUGUCUGGAUCUUGGAGAGGAGAUCGCACUUCAUGACCCGGCCAGUUUUGGCACUGACAUCGCGUCGCGUCUCUCUCAGUGCGUGGUGUGAAUAUGUUAGCGUGGUGAACUGGUUUUGUCUUGUCUAUUGUAUUUGCACCAAUUCUAGUCGAAUGAAAUUCUAAAUGCGGGCGUGGAGUGGUGGUAACUCUAAAAACGGCGUACUGGACAUGUCCUAAAGAAUAAUAGCCGAGAGUGUGAUUUUGACGGCGGUGGUGCAUUCUGUAGUGAAGUCGUAGUUCGGCUCGGUUCGAUAGAGACGA